CUGUGGCUUAAUGGUUACUCUGAAGGCUGGUCUUAUUAUCUCGGUGAUACAGUCUGUGAUAAAAAAGAAUUUAAGAUACUCUCCCAAGAUUUAUUUCCCCAUUAGCAAGCUGGAGGAGGAAGGUUAAGAGUACUCUUAAGGUCAGAACUGGUAAGGGAGCGGGUGAAUAAUAAGAUGCCUAGAAUUUCCCUCCUGCAGAACCAAGCCUCCUCCUGCCCCAUGGGGAGGUCCUGCACGCCGAGGGGUUUAACUUUUGCCUGUCACAGGGAAGUCUGUGAAUUGUUACUCUAAGUGACCCCAAGCAGUUUAUUUAGUUAAUUGUCAAGCAUGCAAAGCUGAACUGGAGAAUCACCUACUUCCACGUAAAUUAUUUCCAAUCCUGAUCUGCUGACGACGGAGGAACGGGCAGAAAGGGAAAGCUUGAUGAGAAAAACCUGGGAGAAUGUGUCCACCUCCCCCAAACCAAAUGUCCAGGGUGAGGGGGUGUGAGAUGGGAGAGGAGGAAGGGAAGCAUGACUGCAGAGUUGGCUGGGGGCGGGGGGUUGCCGGGUGAGCGCCCCCUCCCAGGAGUGGCUCUGGGCUCAGGCUUCCAGGGAGGGAACUGGGAAGGCUUAUAGCUCUGCAGGUUAAAGGAGACACGAAUAAUUUAAAAGUGAAUUGUGUUCAGAAGUAAGUAUGAGAGGGAGCGCCUUUAGCCUUUUAUUAGACUUGUCUCAAGUGAUGAAUGAUAUUUGGACAACCGAGGCCAUUAAUGGAGCCAUUGUACCUGUGCGGGUGGGCGGGGAAAGGCUCCGGCUACUUGAGAUUGGACGCUGAUAACCGGGCUCCUUAUCAGAACCAGCUGGGGCUGCCUGACCUUAGCCCUCUGUCCCCAGCUAGCACGGGAGGUUGCUUGGUGGGGGCUGCACCUACCAGCUCAUUAAGGAAUCACACUGCAACAGCAGACUUGCCCAGUCCCUCCCCUGGAUCUGUCACCUGCAACCUCUCCCAAACCCCUGAUGAAACAGGUGCCUGGACUCCAUCUGCCUCCUCCCUAAGAUCCCUUUUUCUCCUUCAUCUCCAUUCCAAGGCCUGUUCAAUGAAAACUCAUGUCAGAGGGAUGACCCUACAAUGUAUAAGGGCUCUGGCUGAGACCAUGGCCAAUGGCAUCGACGAGCUCAUCGGCAUUCCCUUCCCCAACCACAGCAGUGAGGUCCUGUGCAGCCUGAACGAGCAGCGGCAUGACGGCCUGCUCUGCGACGUGCUCCUGGUGGUCCAGGAGCAGGAGUACCGUACCCACCGCUCCGUCCUGGCCGCCUGCAGCAAGUACUUCAAGAAACUCUUCACGGCCGGCGCCCUCGCCAGCCAGCCGUACGUCUACGAGAUCGACUUCGUCCAGCCCGAGGCCCUGGCCGCCAUCCUGGACUUCGCCUACACGUCCACGCUCACCAUCACCGCCGCCAACGUCAAGCACAUCCUCAACGCUGCCAGGAUGCUGGAGAUCCAGUGCAUCGUGAACGUGUGUCUGGAGAUCAUGGAGCCCGGCGGGGACGGCGGGGAGGAGGACGACAAGGAGGACGACGAUGACGACGACGAGGACGAGGAUGAGGAGGAUGAGGAGGAGGAGGAGGAGGAAGAGGAGGAGGACGAGGACGACGACACAGAGGACUUCGCCGAUCAAGAAAACUUGCCUGACCCCCAGGACAUCAACUGCCACCAAAGCCCUUCCAAGACGGACCAUCUCACCGAGAAGGCCUAUUCGGACACACCCAGGGACUUCCCCGACUCCUUCCAGGCCGGCGGCCCUGGGCAUCUGGGUGUGAUCCGGGACUUCUCCAUCGAAUCUCUGCUGAGGGAGAACCUGUACCCCAAGGCCAACAUCGCUGACAGGAGACCCUCUUUAUCGCCGUUCGCCCCCGACUUCUUCCCGCACCUCUGGCCGGGGGACUUCGGUGCCUUUGCCCAGCUGCCCGAGCAGCCCAUGGACAGUGGGCCACUAGACCUGGUCAUCAAGAACCGGAAGAUCAAGGAAGAGGAGAAGGAGGAGCUGCCCCCACCCCCACCGCCCCCCUUCCCUAGCGACUUCUUCAAGGACAUGUUCCCCGACCUUCCCGGGGGGCCGCUGGGCCCCAUCAAGGCGGAGAGUGACUACGGUGCCUAUCUCAACUUCCUGAGUGCCACCCACCUGGGGGGCCUCUUCCCGCCGUGGCCGCUGGUGGAGGAGCGCAAGCUGAAGCCCAAGGCCUCCCAGCAGUGCCCCAUCUGCCACAAGGUCAUCAUGGGGGCCGGGAAGCUGCCGCGGCACAUGAGGACCCACACCGGGGAGAAGCCAUACAUGUGCAGUAUCUGUGAGGUCCGCUUCACCAGGCAGGACAAGCUGAAGAUCCACAUGCGGAAGCACACGGGGGAGCGGCCCUACCUGUGCAUCCACUGCAACGCCAAGUUCGUGCACAACUACGACCUCAAGAACCACAUGCGCAUCCACACGGGCGUGCGGCCCUACCAGUGCGAGUUCUGCUACAAGAGCUUCACGCGCUCCGACCACCUGCACCGCCACAUCAAGCGCCAGAGCUGCCGCAUGGCCCGGCCCCGGCGCGGCCGCAAGCCCGCCGCCUGGAGGGCCGCCAGCCUGCUCUUCGGGCCCGGCGGCCCGGCGCCCGACAAGGCGGCCUUCGUGAUGCCUCCCGCGCUGGGCGAGGUGGGCGGCCACCUGGGCGGGGCGGCCGUGUGCCUCCCGGGCCCCAGCCCCGCCAAGCACUUCCUGGCGGCGCCCAAGGGCGCGCUGAGCCUGCAGGAGCUCGAGCGGCAGUUCGAGGAGACGCAGAUGAAGCUGUUCGGGCGCGCGCAGCUGGAGGCCGAGAGGGACGCCGGGGGCCUGCUGGCCUUCGCGCUGGCCGAGAACGUGGCGGCCGCGCGGCCCUACUUCCCGCUGCCUGACCCGUGGGCCGCGGGCCUGGCUGGCCUCCCGGGGCUCGCGGGCCUCAACCACGUGGCCUCCAUGUCUGAAGCCAACAACUAGGCUGGUCCUCCUGGACUCCCCCGCCCAGUCCCGCGGCCCUGCCCCCUCUCCCGCCAGACUCCCCUCGCGCCGCCCAGUGGGUCUGAACUUCGUCUUUGAAAUCACAAAGGAAACGAGAAAAAAAUAUUAUCAGCAACAGUGGUACUCUCCAGGCCUCCUGGGGCCUCCUGCCUCCCUUUCGAAGGUGUCUGAGGUGGACAUCUCUUCCCGAAGGGCCUGGAGCCCUGGGGUCUGGCCUCCACCUGUCUCUCACUUUGGCUGUCACCCACAAACUCACAGGGGCGUGUGCCACAGAGGAGACCACACCCCGGGUGCCCAGGGGCACUUUGGAGUUCUGUGGGGCUAGAUGGAGAGACAGACGGGAUGGAGCAGGGCUGAGGCAUACCUCAGGCCUACCCUAAGGGCUUGGGGCACAUGUCCUCGCCUCCCCACAGUCCUGUGGCAGAGUCUCUAUGACCGGCUCUGCUGGGUCAUGUUUCUAGUCUCCGGCCAUCCUGGGAUCCUUAUGGGAAAUGCCCUGUUGGCCGGGAGGGCUCCUGGAAGCCCGGCCCAUUUUUCCCCUCACUGCCCUAGAACCUUGGACAGGUCAGUCCUCUCUACCCUGCUACAGAGGGGAGGCCGCUAAUUUAGUUUCCCCUCUGGAACCCACCCACCCACGCACAUACACACAUCUACACAGCUGUCUCUUACAAAGAAUUCUGGAGAAGGUGGGAGGUUUGUACUCUUAAAGUCCUACUGAAAACACCUAUCCUACCGGAUCUCCUUUAAUCACGUUCACCCCUGUAUUAGCACAGGUGAGAAAUGUGGCCACACUAGGCAGGGGUGACAGAGAAGAGCUGCGGUGUGGUUUGUCCACAGGCAGCUCUGGGGAACUCCAGGUACUCCCCACCUCUCGGGGCAGGCAGGCCACUGUGUCAGGGCCCCUGGGAUGGCUCUUUAAGCAUUUACCCCACCUCUACACACCCCCUCCAGGGCUGUACAAAGUCUCUUGGUACUCCUGGGGCCAAUACAGAAGGGAUGGGGGCCCCUUGUAACACCUGGUGGCUGCCCCCCUCUACCCUGAUUCCUGGAAACAGACAAAACACCUGGUUACCUGGGGUUUGGGUUUAUUGUUCCUUGGGGCUUUGGGAUCGCUGAGGAUUGCCUUCGGCUGUAUUUGUGCACCCUCCACCUCUUCCUUAUCCCUCGGGAAGGAAGCUGGGGUGUUUUGCCUCCCUCCGGGGCAGGAGGCAGAGUCUUGGCUCCAGUAUGGGUUUGAAGGGCUCUGGGCCUUAGGAUUGCCCACAUGCUCUCCCGGUUCCUGAGUUUGUAGAAAGUUCGGAGAAGGAAGACCGCCUUGCUGGCCCAGCGCCUUCCUGUUCUUCUUUCCCAUUUCCUGCCCCUGCCCCCCCCCUUCUCUUGCUGAGUUGGCCGGUGUUUCUCAGCAGCCCCGACAGUGGGAGUGUCAUCCCUACCGAUUACCCAGGGCCGGAGUCCCCAGUCCAGGAGCUGUGGGCACAAGAGACUUCGGCUCUUCCUAUUGCCUUGGCUUCUUUCUGAGCAAACAGAAAAAAACAAAAACAAAAAACAAAAAGGCCAGAGAAGACCACAGACUCUGUCCUCCUCGCAGCUCCCCAGAAGAGAACCCUGACUCUGCACUCCCCCAAUGCCAUUCCAAUCAGAGGGAACAGCUUCGGACACCCUUCUGUCUUCAGAUGCCUUCCUUCUGGGCAGCCGCCUCUUAGAUUCCCACCUCCAUUUCUGACACUCGCUUCUGGAACCCAUCCGCCAAUCAUCCCCAUGUUCCCCCCAUCAGCCAAGGGACUGGGGCUGACCCAGACUUUAGAAAACAAGGAAAAAUGAACAAAUUGGAAUCCAGUGGUGUUGGGGCUUUUGUUUUUAUUUUGUAAAGGUAAUGACUUCUUAUAAACUCAGUUUUUCAGACGA